AUGGUAUCAGUUGAUGAUAGCCUUAGUAGUGUUAGUGAUCUGGGAAUUAAAGCACUAUCAAUAAUUCCACCACAUGAAUUUGAUCUUGGUAUUGCUGUAAAAGUUAUGCCAUUGACAUUUAUGUAUGUGAUGAUGUUGGCUUUCAAUAAUUUAUGUUUACAAUAUGUCGAGGUUACUUUUUAUCAGGUAGCAAGAUCGUUAUCAAUUAUAUUUAAUAUAAUAUUCACAUACACUUUACUUGGACAAAAAACAUCAUUUGCAGCAUUAAUCAGUUGUGGUAUAGUGUUUAUAGGUUUUGUUAUAGGAUCUUAUGGAGAAUUAAAUUUCUCAUGGGAAGGAAUAAUUUAUGGAGUUGCCUCAAGUGCGUUUGUUGCACUUUAUGGUAUUUAUGUUAAGAAAACACUUGUGUAUGUUGAUAAUAAUCAAUGGAGACUUCUUCAUUAUAAUACAACGAUAUCGAUAGUUUUCUUGUUUCCAAUGGUUCUGUUAUCCGGUGAAUUAAAAGCAAUUGCAGAUGUAUAUUUCUUGCAUGAAUUUGGUUUUUGGUUUUUAAUGACAAUUACUGGUAUCACAGGAUUCAUCAUCAACAUUGCAAUGUUUUUACAAAUUAAAUUCACUACACCGUUAACAAAUACCAUCUCUGGCACUGCAAAGAGUUGUGUGCAAACUGCUUUGGCAGCCUGGUACUUCCAAAAUCCUAUCUCUCCAAUGAAUGGUACAGGUAUUUUCCUUGCAUUGUUUGGAUCAGGAUUAUAUUCAUGGAUCAGAUUUAAAGAGAUGGUUAGAAAAUAA